UUGAGUUGCUGCGUACGAAAUGAGCUGAAUACACCCCCACUCACACACAUAGCUACACACUUUGACAGAAGACCUGAGAGAGGAGGGAGACUCACCUGGAGCAGAGGGGACAGACCAAGAGGAGCCCAAGGGGAACUUAAAGCUGUUUUGCUUUUGGACUACAGUUAUCCCUUGUUUGAUUUUCAACGUCAGGAAACUACUUUAACACGUGGAUGGACAUAUACACACAGAGUGGAAAACAAAUGUUGAACAAUAAGGACCAUAUUAUUUUGAAUAAAUAUUUGUACAAAGGUUUGAAAAAUCAUUUCCAAGGACAUCGAUGUUGAGCAAUUCAAAGGGACUUGAUGCAAAACAAGGAAAUAAAAACAGAUACAUUUAACGUUUGAACAACAUUUAACGUUUGAACAAAGAUUAUAUUACAGAUACUAUUCCCCCGGUUCAAAUUGUCUUAGCAGUUGUAUUGCAGGAAUUAAACUCCUUGAUACUUGUUCACAUAUAAUUUUCUAUAUUGUGUGCAGGUUUCUAUAUUUAUGCAUUUGAAUGCAUAUAUCUCUUCAUUUGGAAGAGCUCUUGUAUAAAUACUUUUUUUUCAUACGUCAGUAAACUCUGUUGAAGGGGACCGAACUGCACAUACGUGUAAAUGUGAAAACUACAAAUAGACUUCUGUUGUAAAUGCUUUGGACUAAAAAUAAGAUAUUAUUUGUUAAUGCUUUAUUAGACUCAUCUACUUUUGAAGAGGCUUUUUAAGGAAGAAAAAAAACUGAGGGGUAAAAUACGUAAAUCUUUGAGAAUAAAAAUAAAGGAAAGAAGAAAUGGCAACUGCCAGAACAGAGAACCUUGGCCCUGUCGUCAUGGGACUGAACAAGCAGAACGGGCAGCUUAGGCCUAAACCGGCCUCUACCCAAUCAGGACCCCUUGUCCUGGGCUCUCUGUCAGACAAGGCCACAGGUGCACCCCAGAAAGCGGGUGCUGCCCAGGAGGGAACUGGGAUUAGGUACACAUUUCUCUCUUACACCCCGUUUCACCCAGUGACUGAAACAAUUGUGUUCUGCUCAUAUAGUUUAUUAUACUUUCAUACCAGGUUUUAGAACUGAUGACACAGAUUUUGUUUUGCUCUCUUCUCUCUUUGCUGCCCUACGUUAGGUUUGGAGAUGACUGGAAAAAGAGGCUACAGCUCCCUCCCAAAGACACCAGGGUCAGAACCUCUGUAAGUCAUGGUACAAUGCAGCAUGAUUUUUCACUAGCACACAGGAUUCUCCCAGUGUCAUUUUAAUCAAUUAUGUUACUUCUGUUGUCUAACCUCUUUCGUUCUGUGUCCCAGGAUGUGACGUCCACUAAGGGGAAUGAGUUUGAGGACUACUGUCUGAAACGGGAGCUCCUGAUGGGCAUCUUUGAGAUGGGCUGGGAGAAGCCCUCCCCUAUCCAGGUACGACACUCACUGGAAGCGUCUCUGCCCACAGAUCACCUUUUGAAACUGGGGGAUUCCCUUGCUGUAAAUUGGCUCCUGCUUCUUGUGCCUAUAACCUAUAAAGCUACUUUAAAGUGAUGCUCCAGAACUUCUGUAUAAUUUCAACCAGUAGUUUUGAAAGUGGUGCUCAAGAGCCAAAGUGGGUCCCUGUUUUUUGUGUUCUGUGUUAUCCAGUUGUGUACAUUUCGUAUGAUAUGUUACCUCCUGCAAAAAUUCGUACAAUAUGUUGCGAAUUUGUUGAGCUUACGAUCCCGGACUGCGUCUUUUAAGUUAUACCUGAACAGUCUUUGGACUUAGCUUUUGUACUUUGGCAUAGUCAUAGUUACAUAUUUUGGUAAUAGCCAUGCAGUUUUUGAUUAAAAAUACAUUAAACUAGAGUUUGUCACUUUCAGGAGGAGAGCAUUCCCAUAGCCCUGUCAGGACGAGACAUCCUGGCCCGUGCCAAGAAUGGAACAGGGAAGAGUGGGGCCUACCUCAUCCCCAUGCUGGAGAGAAUAGACCUGAAGAAGGACUAUAUACAGGGUGAGUCAAGGCUCUUCACUUUACUCUUUCCCUCCUUUUAUACUCGACUUGUCUCUACUACUACUACUACUACUCCUCCUCCUCCGGGCACCAGACUAACAUUUUCCCCUUUUUCAGUUGGUGGCACCAGGCCAUCACCAAUAACAUUUCUAAUAGUCUUAUGUCAUUCACAGUGCUUUUUAAAAAAGUGUUAUAGACUACUGAGAAGGUAUUCAAGUUAUAUGUUUCAUCUAACAUGUUUAAGCAGGAAUGCGUGAUUCCAGAUAUUUUCAUGUACGAGCUAAUCCUGUGAUUGUCAUGGAUUUUGGGUUGACAAUUAAGGCUAUUGUUACAUUUUACUGUUAAAAUAGGACUCCAGAAUUAUUAUUUUUUCAAUAGAGAUGAAUUUGCCUACAUCUUUAUGUGCGCUAAUAUAGGCUAAUUUAUUUGGGACCAAUUCACCACAUGAGUAAGUGGAAACUCAAAACACAUUAGCUAGAUCGCUAACUUAAAUAUAAUAGUAGCCAUAUUAAGCAUAACAAUACAUUUUAAUGUCCUAAAAAUAACUUUACAGUCGUAGCCUACUUCCCAAUCAGGCCCAUGCUCUCGUAAUGGUCAAUGCACAUUUCGCACACUCCAUAUCUCAAAGCUAUAUCUAAUAUCUCGGUUGUAAAAUAAUUGCUAUAGAGCUAAAAAUGGAGAGUUGAGAAAUAAAAAGUAUACCAACAGAAACUGAGAACCUCCUCUCUUCAACUGUGACAAGUGUUACACAGGAUAACUGUUUUUCCUGGAAUUGGAUUUUGAAUUUGUUAUACAAUUAAAAUGUUUUUCUCACCCAGAGCAAAGUGGGAGAGGCAGGGAGGGUGGCUUGCUCAUCACAGCAGUGGGCCCCAGGGAAACAGGCAGAGCGUCAGGGCAAACACUUUCAUUACAGGAAUCAUGAGGAUAAUGUACUUACUGCUUAACCAAAUCAUGUUGUUGACUCAUCCUAUACUCGUAUUUGUGGCCAAAGCAUAAAUUGGAGAAAAAUACUUUUUAAAAACCCUCCUCAAACUUGUAUAUCAAACAGACUGUUUCAAAAAUGCUUGCUAUUUCCUCAUGGAGUAUGUCAUACUCCCGAAGAGGAUGAGCUGGCCAAUCAGCGGUAUACUUGCAUGAAUAUUUUUUUAUGACUGGUAUACGCCCAUACCAUUCUGUUGGGGUACGCCCACACCAUUCCAACACAUAAAAGCUGCUUUUUACCAUAGUAAGUAUUUCUAGGUCAUAUUUCAAUGAAAUAUGGAAGCACUGGACACACUGUUCCCUCAAAACAAUUUAAGUUAGUUUUAACAGUGGCCAUUUGAUCAAAAUGUAGGCCUGCAGGAGUGACCUACCAUCAAAGACAAUGGAGAAAAUGCUUCCCAUAACAUUUUACCAAGGAAAUAACUCUUCUAUCAUUCAGCCUACAUUAGCAGCAAAUGUGUGGUGUUCAAUGUAGGCCUACAUUCCAUGAGACUUUUGAAAGAAAAAAAAAAUCAUGCAGGGCUUGACAUUAACCUGUUUAUCCACUUGUCCUUCAGACAAGGUGACUGAAAAUGUUGUUUGAUGCAGGAAACAACUUCCCAUACCAUUAUUACAGAGAAUCAGAUAAAUUAUGCUACCCUCUGCUUAUUGGCUACUUACUUUAUUCAAGACAGUCUCAAAAUACAACACUGCCCCUUUAAGACAAAAAAAAUGCUCUUUACCUGACUUGCUUUUCAAAGAUGUCUAGAAAUGUACAGGUUUUGUGCUCUUGUAGGAAGCCCUCACUCCCCUAUUGUUGACUACAAAUAUAUAUAACUGGGCUAAUAACUCACUAACUAGCAAAGAAAAUUAACUAAAUGUGCACACAUGGCUACAUCUCAAAACAAGCGCAUCUGCUCAUGACCGCUCACGCUGUAAACAGUCCAGUUCAAUGUAAAUGGAACAGAUCCAUAUAUGGUAAUAGUCUAUUUGCAUAUAGGCCUACUGCUGCUCUGAUUGGUUAUGCCGCACCGGUCUGUGUAGAGUAUGGGAUGAGUCUGUCAAUGCAAUAGAAUCCUGCUCCGAUGCGUUCUGUCUACAUCAAAAUAUCUUGCAUAGUUACAUUUGCAUGCUAAAUCUUGCAUAGUUCGUUUUGUUUCGGUAUGUUGAUAGUGUUAACGGGGAAAACUCUAGAAAGUUGAGUGAAGUUCAAUCUGGUGCUUCUCUCCAUCCGCUGCAGUCCCGGGGAUACUGUGCGUGGGCGCGCAGCUUAGAGGGAACAUUGACUGGAUAGUUACUUUAACUUGCACAGCCAAGUCAAAGGGUCGCAAAAUGCGACUAAAUGGUUGCUGUCUGGAGCCCUCCUGCUACUACUACUGUUACUCUAUGACUCAACUUCCUAUCAUCUUUCAAACUGUACCCUUCUUCCUACUUUCUCUCCCCCUCUGUCAAACCACAUUGUCUUGCACUUGCCCUAUCUAUACCUCUCCCUCUCUCCCAAGCUAUUGUGAUGGUGCCCACUCGUGAGCUGGCCCUGCAGGUUAGCCAGAUCACUAUCCAGAUCAGUAAGCACCUGGGCGGAGUGAAAGUCAUGGCCACAACGGGCGGCACCAACCUGCGAGAUGACAUCAUGCGCCUGGACGAGACUGGUAAUGACCCAACAGCAGCAUCACAUUCAGUUACUUCAUACCAAAAAUGGUACCUUGCGAUAAAUACAGUGCAUUCGGAAAGUAUUCAGACCCCUUGACCUUUUCCACAUUUUGUUACUUUCAUCACAGAGAAUCUUGUUUCUCAUGGUCUGAGAGUCUUUAGGUGCCUUUUAGCAAACUCCAAGCGGGCUCUCAUGUGCCUUUUACUGAGGAGUGUCUUCUGUCUGGCCACUCUACCAUAAAGAUCUGAUUGGUGGAGUGCUGCAGAGAUGGUUGUCCUUCUGGAAGAUUCUCCCAUCUCUUCAGAGGAACUCUGGAGCUCUGUCAGAGUGACCAUCGGGUUCUUGGUCACCUCCCUGACCAAGGACCUACCCCAAUUGCUCAGUUUGGCUGGGCGGCCAGCUCUAGGAAGAGUCUUGGUGGUUCCAAACUUCUUCCAUUUAAGAAUAAUGGAGGCCACUGUGUUCUUGGGGACCUUCAAUGUUGCAGAAAUGUUUUGGUACCCUUCCCCAGAUCUGUGCCUCGACACAAUCCUAUCUCGGAGCUCUACGGACAAUUCCUUCGACCUCAUGGCUUGGUUUUUGCCCUGACAUGCACUGUCAACUGUGGGACCUUAUAUAGACAGGUGUGUGCCUUUCCAAAUCAUGUCCAAUCAAUUGAAUUUACCACAGGUGGACUCCCAAGUUGUAGAAACCUCUCAAGGAUGAUCAAUGGAAACAGGAUGCACCUGAGCUCAAUUUUGAUUCUCAUAGCAAAGGGUCUGAAUACUUUAGUAAAUAAGGUAUUUCUGUUCGAUUUUUUUACUUUCUUGUGCAAAAUUUGUUUUAAAAACUGUUCGCUUUGUCAUUAUGGGGUAAUGUGUGUAGAUUGAGGAAAAUGUUUUAUUUAAUCGAUUUUAGAAUAAGGCUGUAACGUAACAAAAUGUGGGAAAAGGGAAGGUGGUCUGAAUACUUUGCGAAUGCACUGUAUGUGUGUAUAUAUAGCGUAGCUCCGUAUUUGAAUGAUUUAUUUGAUAGUCGUUUUUGCUCAUCUUCAUCAAGGGUGUCAAUCAUUUCGGACCACACUGUACACUACAAACAAGUCACAAAACCUCAAAGCUGUACACAAAGCCACAUCUGUAAUGGUGGUGUUUCUGAUUCUCUCUCUCAGUGCAUGUGGUCAUAGCCACACCCGGCAGGAUCCUGGACUUGAUCAAGAAGGGCGUGGCCAAAGUGGAUAGAGUCCAGAUGAUGGUGAUGGAUGAGGUUAGUGUGUGAAUACAUGUGGUACAUGAGUCCAUCAACCACUGACUAUAAUAAACUACUGUAGAUGACUCCAGAGAAUCAGUCCUCUCUCGCUAUGUUGUUACUAGCCACUCAAUAUUCUUCAUCAGGGCCUUCAAAUCUCUUCUGGUUCAUCAACCUACCAAAGAGGUUAAAUAAAUCAAAUCAUAUAAAAUUGAAUUUGCCACAUGUGCCGAAUACAACAGGUCUAGACCUUACAGUGAAAUGCUUACUUACAAGCCCUUAACCAACAAUGAUUAAUUGUAAAAAUGUAAGAAAAAAGGUGUUAAGUAAAAAAUAGAUACGUAAAAAAUGAUUAAAGAGCAGCAGUAAAAUAAAAUAACAGCAGGGAGGCUAUAUACAUUGGUUACCAGUACAGAGUCAAUGUGCGGGGGCACCGGUUAGUCGAGGUAAUUUAGGUAAUAUGUACAUGUGGGUAGUGUUAAAGUGACUAUGCAUAGAUAAUAAACAGAGUAGCAGCAGCAUUAAAGAGGGGGUGGGGUGAGGGGGGACAAUGCAAAUAGUCAGGGUAGCCAUGAUUAGCUGUUCAGGAGUCUUAUGGCUUGGGGGUAGAAGCUGUUAAGAAGCCUUUUGGACCUAGACUUGGCGCUCCGUUACCGCUUGCCGUGCGGUAGUAGAGAGAACUGUCUAUGACUAGGGUGGCUUGAGUCUUCUGGAUAAUUUUUAGGGCCUUCCUCUGACACCGCCUGGUAUAGAGGUCCUGGAUGGCAGGAAGCUUUGCCCCAGUGAUGUACUGGGCCGUACGCACUACCCUCUGUAGUGCCUUGCGGUCAGAGGCCGAGCAGUUGCCAUACCAGGCGGUGAUGCAACCAGUCAGGAUGCUCUCGAUGGUGCAGCUGUUGAACUUUUUGAGGAUCUGAUGACCCAUGCCAAAUCUUUUCAGUCUCCUGAGGGGGAAUAGGCUUUGUCGUGCCCUCUUCACGACUGUCUUGGUGUGUUUGGACCAUGAUAGUUUGUUGGUGAUGUGGACACCAAGGAACUUAAAGCUCUCAACCUGUUCCACUACAGCCCCGUCGAUGAGAAUGGGGGCGUGCUUAGUCCUCUUCUUUUUCCUGUAGUCCACAAUCAUCUCCUUUGUCUUGGUCACGUUGAGGGAGAGGUUGUUAUUCUGGCACCACACGGCCAGGUCUCUGACCUCCUCCCUAUAGGCUGUCUAAUCGUUGUCGGUGAUCAGGCCUACCACUUGUGUCGUCGGCAAACUUAAUGAUGGUGUUGGAGUCGUGCCUGGCCAUGCAGUCAUGGGUGAACAGCGAGUACAGGAGGGGACUGAGCACGCACCCCUGAGGGGCCCCCGUGUUGAGGAUCAGCGCGGCAGAUGUGUUGUUACCAUCCGUUUGGAAGUCCAGGGUCCAGUUGCAGAGGGAGGUAUUUAGUCCCAGGAUCCUUAGCUUAGUGAUGAGCUUUGAGGGCACUAUGGUGUUGAAUGCUGAGCUGUAGUCAAUGAAUAGCAUUCUCACGUAGGUGUUCCUCUUGUCCAGGUGAGAAAGGGCAGUGUGGAGUGCAAUAGAGAUUCCAUGAUCUGUUGGGGCGGUAUGGAAAUUGUAGUGGGUCUAGGGUUUCUGGGAUAAUGGUGUUGAUGUGAGCCAUGACCAGCCUUUCAAAGCACUUCAUGGCUACAGAUGUGAUUGCUAUGGGUCGGUAGUCAUUUAGACAGGUUAUCUUAGUGUUCAUGGGCACAGGGACUAUAGUGGUCUGCUUGAAAUAUGUUGGUAUUACAGACUCAAUCAGGGACAUGUUGAAAAUGUCAGUGAAGACAUUUAGUAAAGGAGCUACAUGGAACAUUUUCCCAAGCAACCAGCGCCAAAUGUCAAUUGCAUACCAGUAAUAGCAAAUGUAAUAGAAAUACACGAGAGUAAAACAUACUUUUCAGAAUGCUGUGUGACUCUGCUAAUUCUCCAUUUAAUGUUUUGUCUUCUUCUCAGGCGGACAAGCUGCUGUCUCAGGACUUUGUGGUGCUCAUUGAGGAUAUCAUUAGCUUCCUGGCCAAGGGCCGUCAGAUCCUGCUCUACUCUGCCACCUUCCCCAUCAGCGUGCAGAAGUUCAUGGUGAGUAGUGCCACAUGGCCCUAA